AUGUCAUUUACAAAUUAUCGAAAUACAAAUACAAAUCGAUCACAAAAUACAAACGAUGAGACUUCAAAAGAUCUUAAGUCUAAUAUUCGUGAAAGUCGUUGGAUUCAACCUGAACAAUGGCAAUCACCUGAAAUUCAAGAAAAAUUUGAUAAGGGUUCCAUUGAUUUCUCUGAAGUACAUAGUUUACUUCAACAAUUAGGUAUUAAAGUUCAAAAAUUUGAAUUAAACAGAAUUCUUGAAAAACAUGAUCGAAAUAAAGAUCAACAAUUGAAUAAAGAAGAAUUUGAAGAUCUCUAUUUAAAAUUACGUGCUGAAAAAGAUCCUGGUAGUACAUGGAGUCGAACAGUUAAAUCAACAGCUGGUAGUAUCGAUCGAUUUGUUACUACACGACGUGAUACAACAGAUGAUACAGAUUCAACAUCAUCAGCUGUUGAACAACAACAAGAAGCAUCAGGUCCAUACCAUAGUGUAUUAGUUGAAGAACGUGUGUGGACAUCUAAUUGGCUUAAUCAACUUCUUGCCGAUGAUGUUCAUUUAAAUUUACGUGCUAAUCCUAUUGACUCAACUGAUCCCCAAGCACUUUACAAACGAUGUCAAGACGGCAUAUUACUUUGUAAAUUAAUCAAUAUUGCUGUACCUAAAACAAUUGAUGAACGAGCUAUAAAUUUAAAUUAUUCAAAACAAGAUAUUUUUCGUCAAAGUGAAAAUUUAGAACUUGCAAUCAAUUCUGCUCGUGGUAUUGGUUGUAAAGUAGUUAAUAUUCAUCCAGAAAAUAUUUCUAAAGCUGUACCUCAUCUUGUCAUGGGUCUUCUUUGGCAAAUAAUACGAAUCCAAUUAACCAGUGAAAUUAAUUUAAAACAUGUCCCUGGCCUUGUAUUACUCUUACGUGAUGGUGAAACACCUGAAGAUUUAUUAAAAUUAUCACCUGAAGAAUUAUUAUUACGUUGGUUUAAUUAUCAACUUAAACGUUCACAAUAUAGUGGUAAACCAAUAUCGAAUUUUAGUAAUGAUAUUAAAAAUUCUGAAGCAUAUACAUAUCUACUUAAUGUUAUUGCCCCAGCUAAUACAAAACCUCCAGUAGGACUUAAUCCAUUAAAGGAAGAUGAUUUACGUCGUCGAGCUGAGCUUAUGUUAAAAGAAGCGGAUAAAAUUAAAGCACGAGCACAUAUAACACCUGAAGAUGUUGUUAAAGGAAAUCCAAGACUCAAUUUUGCUUUUGUAGCAAAUUUAUUUAAUACAUAUCCAACAUUAGAUCUUCCAACUGAACAAGUACCAGAGCCAGGUGUUAUUAUUGAAGAAACUCGAGAAGAAAAAACUUAUCGAAAUUUUAUUAAUAGUCUUGGUAUUGAACCACAUGUGAAUUAUCUUUAUUCUGAUCUUUGUGAUGGUUUAAUUAUUCUUCAACUUUAUGAUAUAAUUCGUCCGAAUACAGUUGAUUGGUCAAAAAUAUAUAAAACAUUUAAUGCAAUUAAAGAACGUUUUCAAAAAUUAAAUAAUUGUAAUUUUGCUGUUGAUUAUGCAGUAGAACCACUUCAUUUUAAAAUAACAGGUAUUGGUGGUCCAGAUAUACUGGAAGGCAAUAAAACAUUAACACUUGGUCUUGUUUGGCAAAUAAUGCGCGCAUAUACAUUAUCAAUUCUACAAAAAUUAGCAAAAUCAACAACACCUAUUGCUGAUAAAGAUAUUAUUAAUUGGGCAAAUCAAAAAUUAAAAAAUGCAAAUAAAAAAACAGUGUUAACAAAUUUUCAUGAUCAAGCAUUAAGUGAUUCAAUGCUUAUUUGUGAUUUAAUUGAUGCAAUUAAACCAGGUUCAAUUCAAUAUAAUUUAUUAAAAACAUCUGGAACACCAGAAGCUAAAAUGGAUAAUGCUUUAUAUGCUAUAUCAAUGGCACGAAAAAUUGGUGCACGUAUUUAUGCAUUACCAGAUGAUAUUGUUGAAACGAAACAAAAAAUGCUUUUAACAGUUUUUGCUUGUCUUAUGGCAAGUGAUAUGAACGUAGUAAAAAGUUAA